UGCCUCGUUAUGGAUUCACCUGAAAUUUAUAAAAAAGAUGGCCUAAGUUAGACACGUAAACUACGAUUAAAGAUCUUCAUCAGUUGAAGGAGAGAAUUUUAAGGCUUGAAGAAGCUGCAACCUGGGAACAAAAGAGAGACUUAAAAGAGCAGCAGAAUGGGACGUACAGUUAUAGCAGAAGACAGUUUAAAAGAUGGAAUUGAUAGCUUGUUUGGAAAUUUUAGAUGGCAAACAGGGUUGCUGCUUGGACAGUUGACUGAACAAAAAGAUUUCAUUGUACAUAUGGCAAGAACACCUGAUCCUGUGGAAGAUGAAGCUGAAAUUGAAAGUUGCCAAGGUGAUGAAAGCAUGCCCCUAAAACAGGAAGAGAAGAAAGAAAAGAAAAAGCAAGUGUCAUCAAAUGCUGAAGAAAUUAAUGAGAAAUGGAUCAUAGAGCAUGCUAGACAAGUAAGCAGAAUGCUGCCUGGUGGGAUCCAUAUCAUAGGUGUUUACCUUUUUGGUAGUCCUGACCUUGCCAAUAAGUACCAAGGAAAACUGAAGCAAUGCAUCAGUGCAUUUCAAAAGGUCACAGAACGGAGCAAAGCCCUUAGAAGAUUCUUUGCCCACAGUGAGCGCAUGCUACUCCAUAUAUGUGCAUCAACUAGAAAAAUAACAUGCAGGACAAUGAGUUCAACUGACACUCAAAUGCAGCUUAAACCAGCCGAGUUCAAAUACCAAAGCUUUCUCAGCAAAUGGAACUCUGUUAAAUGUGUAGCCGAUAUUGAUUUACGCUUCAACCUGCCAGUCACAUCAGAGAAGAGUCAAUUUGAAAGUCUGAUAUUUCAAGGACUGCAGGACCAAUUGGAGGACAUUUGUGAUUCAGUGGCUUUAAUAAAGGACAGUUUUGUGGAAGACGAAGAACUUCUCUUUGAGGCCCAGAAAGUUGGCAAGGGAAAACCGAUAAAAGAAGUUUCAAGAACUGCGGAAAUCGAUUUUUUUGCUUGCAAUAAAUGCGAUAAUGCUGAUAAAUUAGAAAGGAAAUGCUCUCGAGGGGUUAUCAAAUUUGUAGGCAAAUCUUAUUGUGUCGCGUAUCUCCACCCGAAAGCAACGAAAGGAGAAGCCAUCAAGGCUUUAAAGGGAGAUAUAAUUCGAAGCAUUUUAUCAAGAAUACAAUUGUUGUGUGAAGAGGCCGAGGUGAACAAUCUUUAUCAAGUGGACGACUGGAGCCUCGUUUCACCCACCCGUGUCUUGGCACAGUUCAAAAAGACUCCUUUAUACUUUUGUGAUUAUGUGUUUAAAGAUGAAGAGAGCAAGGAAACAUUAGAGAGGUUUUACGAUCUUCUCAAUUUAUCAAUAACAAAAGAUAGUCUGGUUUAUAAUGAAAAAUCACCAGACAUAGAAAUGGCGGCUCAAAUGAGCGUGGAAAGCGGCCAGAGUUCAUCAAACGAGGAUUCUCCUGAUCAAGUAGCAGCCGAGAGUCAAUCAGAGAAAAGCAAUUAUUUAUUGUGUCUUAUUGGAAUAUUAGUCGCUGUGAUAUCAUCACUCAUUGCUUUACUAAUGAUGGGGUGAGACACCGAGAAAACGACAGCAAUUUGGUCAACUGGAUGGAGUUAAGGAGUUACUGAAGAUUCUUCUGCAGUCAACCUCGAUUCUUUAUACCAGUCGUUAUUCAUACCCUGUCUCAAAUUGAACAUUCUGAAUGUGUCCUUGAGCUGAGAAUUUACGGACGCCCUAUUCCCAUGCUGCAAAUGCCAGUGGCCUCUCUCUUCCAUUUUGCUCGUUUAGGUACAUCAAAACGUACGUACGCUGAAGGGGGUUACGUUCUGUGAAAGCAAGCUAUCUCAUACCUGAGGAGUAGGGUACAAGAGACAAGUUGCAUAAAUUCUCAAAAUAACUAUAUAUCUUACUUUUCUCAAAUUAUAUCUUACAUCUUUACAUCUCAAAAUAAUCUUACAUUAAGUAAACAAGCAGGAAAAAGUUAAUUUGUAAAUUGUGAAAAAUAUAAAGGAUAUGCUUCAAGAUUCAGCUAAGAUUUUGAAUAUCCCUUGUCCCCCCCCCCCUCCCCAACUCCUCUCGUAUGCGAUGGAUAGUGAUUUUCCAAUGCAAUUUUUUUUUAAUCUGCAUGCAAUUACACGAUUAUUGGGCACAACGACUUUAUGGAUGCCCUUUUUUGCUGACCUUUUACAUUAAGCAAUCACAUAUGCUUGCUUUGCAUUAGCUGAAAUAGAGUGCAAUUCGAAAAUAAACAGAUUAUUUAUAAACAAUGUAACACAUCCCUUUGCUUACCAAUACCAAGUGUACCUGAAAACGCACCUUCAUUUAUUGGCAUGACUUGUUAUUUUUCCACAAAAUUUGAAUAUUUAAUAUGCAGCUCAUUGAUUUUACUGCAGAACAACAGCGUUGAAUGCCUUCAUUGUUUGAACAUUUAUGUAUUCCAUCCUCUUCUAAGGCCCCUUUUCAGGACUGGAGGAUUUUAUUUAUAUCUAGGCGUUAAAUAGCAGAUUUAUCUCAUCGUCAGUUUUGUGUCACAGAAAUACGAGCUAACACACACCCAGAGUUGUCUAAUAAGCCUUUGUACCACAAGCCCCCUUCUAAGAUAAGCCCCUUUUAUGGCAAAAAAUCUGACAGAUAAAUCAAACACAAAAGGUGAAUUAGCAGAUUUAGUAUAUUUUUGUUACUUGCUAAGGAGUUUUUUGUGAGCGUCUAAAAAAUCCACUUCUUAUCCGUGCCAAUGUAACUUCGAGCUUUUUGUUUUGGUCUGCGAUAACGCCUAUUUCGAAUACAACAUAAUAGAUAUUUUUCACUCAUUCACGCUGGCAGCCUACCCAGAUUAACCCUAUUUUGACUUCAGGAAGGACAGUUCUCUCCUGCACAACAAAUGAAAAUGGAGGUGGGGUUGCUGUUCAUUGAGUUCAAAAGCAACUUCCUUCUUUUAAACCCUUGUUUUGAAUUGCUGCAAUUAAAUAGGACAAAUUAAGGGGCAAUAGUCAAGAAUUUGGAGAAACCCUCUUGCUAUUUGCGUUUUUUGCAAAUAACCACAAAUUAUGGAUGUCGAAACGCUUUUAUCUUUGAUCAAAUCUACUUAAGUUCUCUUUUGCUGCCAAUCAGAUAUUUUUAUGAAUUCUUCUACUAAAUACAAAUUUAAUUAAGUCUUUUAAGCCUAUCACUUGCUUGUCUGCAUUAAGAAUUUUCGACAGAUCAAAUUAGCUAGAAAUGCUUAUGACAAAUGAUAGAAGUAAAAAUGCA